AUCAGCUGUAUGAAAGUGGGGAGGAAAAGGCGAACGUCUGUGUUUUAUGUGUGUAAUGUAGUUCAUGUCCUCAAGCGUUUCGUUGCACUUGUAACUAUGGCGUGUUUAAGUUCGAGUAGGCUCUGUGCUCGUGUUCAAGAUAAGUUACUGUGUCAAUUCGGACAUAAAGUUCGAAGACAGACUGUAUUUGUGAAACUCAAACCUCCUGGACCAUCAGCAUUGCGAAUAUUUGGAAAGACAUAUCAGAGAGUAACAACGUGUGGCCCGCCUUGUGGAUCAACGAGUGCCAAUGCGGCCGCAGGAUAUGUCCGUCGCCUGGCAUCUAGUCUUCAGAGCACAAACACUGGAUCAUUACCUGACUACGGCACACAGAUCGUCGACCCUUAUCGUUUACUUGAAGAUGACCUCAAUGGAAUAUAUGAAGAUAUCCGAGCGGAGCUGGAGAAGAAUACAAACCAAUCAGAAUUGAACACCAUAGCUACCUACUACUUCGAUGGCCAGGGGAAAGCUCUAAGGCCAAUGGUCGCCAUACUGAUGGCGAGGGCCGUCAAUUAUCACGUUUAUGGGGAAAAUAGUGCACUGCUGCCUUCUCAACGGCACGUAGCAAUGAUAAGCGAGAUGAUACACUCGGCGUCACUGAUACACGAUGACGUCAUCGACCAGAGCGAUUUCCGACGCGGCAAGCCCUCCGUCAACGUGCUCUGGAACCACAAGAAGGUGGCGAUGGCCGGCGACUUCAUCCUCGCCGUGGCGUCGAUGAUGAUAGCUCGCUUGCGUAGCGAUGAAGUCACACUUGUCCUUAGCCAGGUGGUAACAGACCUAGUGCAGGGCGAGUUCAUGCAGCUUGGCAGUAAGGAGACUGAAAACGAGCGGUUUGCACAUUACCUCACAAAGACCUACAGGAAAACAGCAUCACUAAUUGCCAAUUCUGUAAAAGCGGUGGCCCUACUUAGUGGCGCGGAUGAGAGCACGUGCGAGCUGGCGUUCCAGUACGGACGCAACCUCGGUCUCUCGUUCCAAUUGGUGGAUGACUUGCUGGACUUUGUGUCGUCGGCACAAGCCAUGGGCAAACCCACAGCCGCUGACCUCAAACUAGGACUGGCCACUGCUCCUGUAUUGUUCGCUUGUGAAAAGUAUCCAGAACUAAAUCCGAUGAUAAUGAGGCGAUUCCAAGAGGCGGGCGACGUGGAGAAGGCUUUUGAGUUGGUGCACAAGUCGCGAGGACUCGAACAGACACGCUUCCUGGCGCGCAAGCACGGCGCUGAGGCAGCGCGCCUAGCCGCCGAGCUAGCAGACUCUCCCUACCAGAAGGGGCUUGUUGUCACCACCGACCUUGUGCUCAAUAGGAUCAAAUAGCACCUCACCAUCCCAACAAUAGAUAAUGUAUUCUAAGUGUUCACGGUUCAGGUUCGACCCCAUUUUCGGUUUGAACUUCGAAUCCACAUUUUCAAAGUAAUUUUUGGACUACACUCGACUACUCCUAAGAGUACUUUGAAAAUAUUAGUACCUGUCUUGUGUACCCUUUAGCGGAGUCUAAAGGUUUAGAGACACUACAGUUUUGAUGGCCUUCGUUGUGAAGGUGGUAAUGUGUGAGACGUAGUAAUAAAUGAGUAUGCAGCGGUUGGGCGGCCGGGCUAGUGCGGCAGUGCGGACGAUGUGCCUCGACCUUGUAUAUGGCGAGAUAUUAUCAUAGAUAUUUUACGUCAAGUUAUAUGUGCCCUGAUAAAUAUAUGCAUUAUAUUCAAUAUACAUAUAAAAUGUAUGUAGUUUUAUUACGAUAUAAUCAGUCAGACUGACCUAUUGUCGACGUCGCUCGCGCGGCUUAUUAAAAAUUAUAUUACGUAUAGCAUUAUGUGUAGUAAUUUAUACGAAGAUAUUUGUAUGUACCUAUCCUUUUUUUUUUAUAUGUAUCCUUAACUUUUGUGACCUGAUUUAUUUUAAGAUUUUCCAUGAGAAUACUUUAAAUAUCUUGUACUAUCUACGAUUAUUAUAAAAAGAUGCUCGUAAGCGUGUACAUGACAACUCGUUACCAAAUACCACUGUACAUGUGUACAAUAUGCUCAAUUGUUAUUUGUGUCUGAUAUAUACUCUUGUGUCACUGAGUAAUCUGUUGUCACAUGAUAAUGUACAUAAAGAGUAUAAUAAUCCUUUCUAUAUCUUCGUUCCUUUAUGUUUGUAUCGUGCAAUUUUAUAGGUCUAGUGUUAGAAGUACCUGUGUUCAGUGCACAAAAAGCAUUCAUCAAUCAUUCAAAAUAGUGUUCAUGACGAAAUUUUAACAGUGUAGAUAUCUCCUGCUCGAGUUCGGCUGUUCGUUGUUAUACGUGUAAAUAAAUACUGGAGUCAUUGGAUAAGUUACCCAAGUUUUAUUUUCAAAACCAAUUACCUCAAUUUCUUUAGUGUACACAUACUAGUGGUGUAUUUGCUCUGUUAUAGAAUUAAAUUGUAGGUUUUAUUAGGCCGCACAAUAUUUAGGAAAAAAUUGUUAAAGCCGUUAGAAAUUAAUAAAGGAAUGAUAUUAGUUAAAUUUAUAUAUACAGAAUGAAAUCAAAAUUAUUCACAGCCUUUUAAGGGAGUGUUCUAUUAAUGAAACUGAACAUUUUU